CUUUUUUUUUUUAAGUCAUGAUUUCUUGCUUUAUCAUGAAUUCAGUUCCUUUUUAUUUGUAAUUAUUUUACAUACUCUUAGUUUCUCCUCAUGUUCAUUAAUCUUUUAUUAUUUUUAGUACUUAUACUGUAUGUUUCUUUUUACUGUGCCAACUGAAGUUUUUCAUGUUAGGUUUUUUUCUUCCACAUAUAGUUUGUAAUUUUAUAUUUUGAGCCCACCUUAUUUAAAUAUUUCCUUCCUUUGGGAAUGCUGUGAACUCUGUUGUGACAGCAUUCCCCAAGAGUGGUUCUGCUUGUGCUUUUUUGGGGGUCUUUAGGAUAUAAAAGGUAACAUAUCAGUUUUUGUUAACUUUGUGCAUUUUAUAAGUACAGUAAAUUAGAUCAUAUACUUACACUUGGCCCAGGCAUGAGGUUUUUAUUUCUUACAGGGGUCACAUCGAGUCCAAAGACAACAGAAUUCCUUAUUUCUUGUUGAGGCCAUUUGCAUCAUUUUUCUAGCUUCUUUCCAUGGAUUUAGGGAAUCUGUGUUUUAUAUAGGGACUUUAGAUUAAUCUCCCUGUGCUUGGAAGAUUAUGUCUCCUGUCCCUUCUAUACCUUUAUAGAAGGUAUAGAAUUGAUGGCUAUUUAGUGAGCCAUCAAUACCCUGGCUCACCAGCCCUCAGUUCUGUAGUGAGAACCACCCUGUCCCUGAACCACCACCACAUUCACUAAAACUUAUUGCAGAGUCUUCAGUUCCUCUGUUUCUUAAUAAGACCUUCAGCAUUCCAUUUCCUUUCCUUAAAUUUGAUAGAUUUUUAAAAAUUGUUUUACUUAUAUUAUAUUCAUUAUUUUUCUGUGCCUUUAGGUGGUCGGUCAUUGGUCUAUAUUAGCUGGGUUCAUUAUGUUUUCAAAACUGGAAGUUUCUAACAUCAGCUUCCUAGCCUAUAAAAAAAAAUUCAAAUUACAUUAUCCACAAUGCUCUUCUAACCCUAUGACUCAUAUCUCAAUAUGAACUAAUAGGAAGAAAAACAAGAAUACCAGGUCUCUUGUCGUCUUUCCAUUUUGAUAUUAAUCAGUUGUGUCUUGUUAGACAAAUCAUUAAACUUUAUUGGGCUCAAGCGUCCCCAUCUAUAAAAUAAGAAGUUGAAACUAUAUGCCUUAGAUAAAUGCAUUCUCUUCUCCAAGCUAAGCGAGUUUAAAUAUGACAAGCUUUUAGGAAAGAUACAACUUUGUAUCCAGUACUGUAAUAUUUGAUUCUUUAAUUAUUUCCAGCUGAAAUCUUUUAAAAUUUACAUUAUUGCAGUAAAUGUUUUACCCCAACUGGUUUGGUUUGCAAUAUUUUAUAUGUACCUGUAUGUAAAGAACCAUCAUAUCUUACUAUACCUAGAAAUGAAUGCAAUUAUGUUUGUCAUUUUAAGAGUCUCAAGAGUUAGUAUUAACAAAGUGCUUGUUGACAUAUUUUUUUUCUUCAAAUGGCCUUCUGAAGUCAACCUGCACUACUGCCUUUUACAUAUAGAAAAAGAAAUUAGGGUGCAUUUUUAACCUUUUCAUGUUUAAACUAAGACACAUAGUAGCUUGUCAAAAUUGCAAAACAGUCUUUGGAACAUUUAGUACAAAAUAACCCUUCUAAUUGCACGUGAUAUGAAGGACUGUAAACUUCAUAAAUCACCCAGAAGAACACAGUGUAAUUCCCUUUGGAGUAUCCUCUUUAAAAGUGGUCACAGAAUCAGACUGCAUGAUUUGAGCAUCACAGUCAAAGAUAUACUAACAGAUAUUACCCAGGUUGCCAAUGAAUUGCUGUCAGUUCAUGUUUUAUCCAUGACAAUUUUAAGGAAAAUGUAAAAAUGAUACAUUUGUUUGAACUUGUAGAGAAAAUUUAUUAAAAAUCCAAGCUUGUAGAGAAUGAUGGACUAUCUGCAGAAUAGUAGCAUAGCUAUGAUUUUGCAAACACAUGGACUCGGAUAAUCUUACCCAGUGGAGACAUACCAAUGCAAAGUGGACUAAGAUCUUGGAGUACUGAUGGACCUAUAUAUCACAUUGAGAAUGUUGAAACAACCUGAAACAAGCUAGAGAAAUUGGAGAAGCUUAAACCUGAGGAUUGGUGCCCUGAAAUUGAAGAGAAACAACAGUCAACUUUACAUGAACAGGAUGAAAUAUCAUACAACAGGAUGAUGUUAACAUGUCUCUGAGCCUGUGAGGGACAAGGCAUAGACUUAGAGCAAUCCACCCUUGCCAUUAAAAUGUAUUUUGAAGUGAGACAGGCACUUGUCUCAAAGGUCAAGGACUGAAUGUGUCUUAGAGAAGUCAUUGUGGUUGUUUUACCUUUUCAUCCACCUUUGAAAUAAAAGAUUAGAGGUAAGAUGUAAUCCAACUAGAUCCUUGCUAGGAGAAUGAAAUUUUAAAAGGAGAGCCAUAGUCACAGCUGUCUUCAAAGUAGGUAGAUGCCAAGUCUUAGGGAAGUACAGGAUUAACCAUGUUGGUAAUGACAGAACCUAAGGUAUCCCCAGCAGUGUUCUUUAAGAGUGUAAAAACCAAGGAUUAGGAGAGCAGGUGAUUGGACACAGCUGCUGAAUAAUCUUCUUAACCUCAUCUUUACUCCGCAGGGAGAAAAAUAACAGGAAAAUAAAAACUUCCACCAAGUGGUUGAUGGCAGUGAAAUAAAAGGAGCAUCAAAAGAUUAAAGGUUAUACAAAACUUAAAAGAAGCAGCGAUUCUAUUCACUUGUUAUUGGACUUGAAACUCCCUUUGACCUUGGAAACUGAAGAUGAGGUUACCAUGGGAACUGCUGAUACUGCAAUCAUUCAUGUUGUGCCUUGCAGAUGAUUCCACACUGCAUGGCCCGAUUUUUAUUCAAGAACCAAGUCCUGUAAUGUUCCCUUUGGAUUCUGAGGAGAAAAAAGUGAAGCUCAAUUGUGAAGUUAAAGGAAAUCCAAAACCUCAUAUCAGGUGGAAGUUAAAUGGAACAGAUGUUGACAUUGGUAUGGAUUUCCGCUACAGUGUUGUUGAAGGCAGCUUGUUGAUCAAUAACCCCAAUAAAACCCAAGAUGCUGGAACCUACCAGUGCACAGCAACAAACUCGUUUGGAACAAUUGUUAGCAGAGAAGCAAAGCUUCAGUUUGCUUAUCUUGACAACUUUAAAACAAGAACAAGAAGCACUGUGUCUGUCCGUCGAGGUCAAGGAAUGGUGCUACUGUGUGGCCCGCCACCCCAUUCUGGAGAGUUGAGUUAUGCCUGGAUCUUCAAUGAAUAUCCUUCCUAUCAGGAUAAUCGCCGCUUUGUUUCUCAAGAGACUGGGAAUCUGUAUAUUGCCAAAGUAGAAAAAUCAGAUGUUGGGAAUUAUACCUGUGUGGUUACCAAUACUGUGACAAACCACAAGGUCCUGGGGCCACCUACACCACUAAUAUUGAGAAAUGAUGGAGUGAUGGGUGAAUAUGAGCCCAAAAUAGAAGUGCAGUUCCCAGAAACAGUUCCAACAGCAAAAGGAGCAACGGUGAAGCUGGAAUGCUUUGCUCUAGGAAAUCCGGUACCAACUAUUAUCUGGCGAAGAGCUGAUGGAAAGCCGAUAGCAAGGAAAGCCAGAAGACACAAGUCAAAUGGAAUUCUUGAGAUCCCUAAUUUUCAGCAGGAGGAUGCCGGUUUAUAUGAAUGUGUGGCUGAAAAUUCCAGAGGGAAAAAUGUAGCAAGGGGACAGCUAACUUUUUAUGCUCAACCUAAUUGGAUUCAAAAAAUAAAUGAUAUUCACGUGGCCAUGGAAGAAAAUGUCUUUUGGGAAUGUAAAGCAAAUGGAAGGCCUAAGCCUACAUACAGGUGGCUAAAAAAUGGUGAACCUCUGCUAACUCGGGAUAGAAUUCAAAUUGAGCAAGGAACACUCAACAUAACAAUAGUGAACCUCUCAGAUGCUGGCAUGUAUCAGUGUUUGGCAGAGAAUAAACAUGGAGUUAUCUUUUCCAACGCAGAGCUUAGUGUUAUAGCUGUAGGUCCAGAUUUUUCAAGAACACUCCUGAAAAGAAUCACUCUUGUCAAAGUGGGAGGCGAAGUUGUCAUUGAGUGUAAGCCAAAAGCAUCUCCAAAACCUGUUUACACCUGGAAGAAAGGAAGGGACAUAUUAAAAGAAAAUGAAAGAAUUGCCAUUUCUGAAGAUGGAAACCUCAGAAUCAUCAACGUUACUAAAUCAGAUGCUGGGAGUUAUACCUGUAUAGCCACUAACCAUUUUGGAACUGCUAGCAGUACUGGAAACUUGGUAGUGAAAGAUCCAACAAGGGUCAUGGUACCCCCUUCCAGUAUGGACGUCACUGUUGGAGAAAGCAUUGUUUUGCCGUGCCAGGUAACGCAUGAUCACUCGCUGGACAUCGUGUUUACUUGGUCAUUUAAUGGACACCUGAUAGACUUUGACAGAGAUGGGGACCACUUUGAAAGAGUUGGAGGGCAGGAUUCAGCUGGUGAUUUGAUGAUCCGAAACAUCCAACUGAAGCAUGCUGGGAAAUAUGUCUGCAUGGUCCAAACAAGUGUGGACAGGCUCUCUGCUGCUGCAGACCUGAUUGUAAGAGGUCCUCCAGGUCCCCCAGAGGCUGUGACAAUAGACGAAAUCACAGACACCACUGCUCAGCUCUCCUGGAGACCCGGGCCUGACAACCACAGCCCCAUCACCAUGUAUGUCAUUCAAGCCAGGACUCCGUUCUCCGUGGGCUGGCAAGCAGUCAAUACAGUCCCAGAACUCAUUGAUGGGAAGACAUUCACAGCAACCGUGGUGGGUUUGAAUCCUUGGGUCGAAUAUGAAUUCCGCACAGUUGCAGCCAAUGUGAUUGGGAUUGGGGAGCCCAGCCGCCCCUCUGAGAAACGGAGAACAGAAGAAGCUCUCCCCGAAGUCACACCAGCGAAUGUCAGUGGUGGCGGAGGCAGCAAAUCUGAACUGGUUAUAACCUGGGAGACGGUCCCUGAGGAAUUACAGAAUGGUCGAGGCUUUGGUUAUGUGGUGGCCUUCCGGCCCUAUGGUAAAAUGAUCUGGAUGCUGACAGUGCUGGCCUCAGCUGACGCCUCCAGAUACGUGUUCAGGAAUGAGAGCGUGCGCCCCUUCUCUCCCUUUGAGGUUAAAGUAGGUGUCUUCAACAACAAAGGAGAAGGCCCUUUCAGUCCCACCACAGUGGUGUAUUCUGCAGAAGAAGAACCCACCAAACCACCAGCCAGUAUCUUUGCCAGAAGUCUUUCUGCCACAGAUAUUGAAGUUUUCUGGGCCUCACCACUGGAGAAGAAUAGAGGACGAAUACAAGGUUAUGAGGUUAAAUAUUGGAGACAUGAAGACAAAGAAGAAAAUGCUAGAAAAAUACGAACAGUUGGAAAUCAGACAUCAACAAAAAUCACGAACUUAAAAGGCAGUGCGCUGUAUCACUUAGCUGUCAAGGCAUAUAAUUCUGCUGGGACAGGCCCCUCUAGUGCAACAGUCAAUGUGACAACCCGAAAGCCACCACCAAGUCAACCCCCUGGAAACAUCAUAUGGAAUUCAUCGGACUCCAAAAUUAUCCUGAAUUGGGAUCAAGUGAAGGCCCUGGAUAAUGAGUCGGAAGUAAAAGGAUACAAAGUCUUGUACAGAUGGAACAGACAAAGCAGCACAUCUGUCAUUGAAACAAAUAAAACAUCGGUGGAGCUUUCUUUGCCUUUCGAUGAAGAUUAUAUAAUAGAAAUUAAGCCAUUCAGCGAUGGAGGAGAUGGCAGCAGCAGUGAACAAAUUCGAAUUCCAAAGAUAUCAAAUGCCUACGCAAGAGGAUCCGGGGCUUCCACUUCGAAUGCAUGUACGCUGUCAGCCAUCAGUACAAUAAUGAUUUCCCUCACAGCUAGGUCCAGUUUAUGACAAAAGUUAUCUCAAGGACUUGCUGUUUAUAAUAUAAGCAACAUUUAGCUAGUUGUUUUGAAGACACCCAGUACUAAGUAAUAUUGUUGUUCAAGUACAUCUUAUUACUGGAAUAAAAAUGUUUUUUGCUUCUUUA